GCUCUCAGAAUUCCGCCAGCUCUUCUAGCAACAACACUGCAAAUGUGACUACAACUACUGUCAGUGGAACCAAUACAACCCAGAAUGCUUCAACCACAUCCAUUCCAGUCGCUUCAUCAUUCACAUUAAUCUUCAAGAUCAAUGAAAACUUUACUCAGGCUCUGUCUGACAACAACUCCAAUGAAUUCAAAACAAAAUCUAAAAGUAUCACCUCUCAGCUUGAACCAGGUUUCAAAAAGCUGCACCAAAAUUUCCUCCGCAUGAUUGUUGUGAAAUUUCUGCAAGGCUCCAUAAUUACACAAUCUGAACUUGACUUUGGUGCUGGCACCACCCCUACUGCGUUACAACUGGCAGAUAGCCUGCGUACUGCAAUUAAUAGUUCCAACUUGACCUUUACCAUUGAUCCGAACUCCAUCAAUGUCACCCAGCUUACUGGAAACAGCACAGGAAACAGUACGGGAAACAGUACGGGAAAUUCCAUGCCACCAGCAAUGACAAGCUCCUUUCCUUUGCUAUGGAUGUCUCUCACGUCGCUUCUGCUUUCAGCCAUACUGCACUUCUAACUACAGUCCUGAUCAUAAAACACACAAAAUAUAUUUAAUAACAACAUGAAAAAAAAAAAUUUCCUAGUUCAAAUUUUAAAAAGCCGUUGUAGCCAACAAAUACAAUGUAUCUUGUCCAACGAUAUAUAAUUAAUUUCAUGGGAAUUUAUUUUACUUUGAGAUGGGAUUUAAUAUAUCGAUUCAUGAUAUUCUUAUGAUAUAAAGAGAAGCCAUAUUUUCUUAUAAAAAUGGCAGGAUAAAUAUUUUCUUGAUUCUUAGUGUAACUGAAGAUUUAAUGAGGGUAGUGUCCUAAUGGUCAGGACCUGUCUGAAAAUUCUUCUCCACCUGAAUAAUACUAAUUUCAAGGAUCUCUUUCAUUUAGCUUAAUAAAGCAUGAAAUUGUUCAGGAACACUUUUUAAUUUGUAACAUGACCUUGCACUAUAAAUCUACAAACCAGUUACAUUUAAACUUGGUUACAGCCUGCUCAUAACAUCUGUAUAUUUACAAACAAUAUCUGCGCAAGUAGUCAAAAAAAAUAUAAUUCUUAAAACAUUAUCUGUCUCUCUGUAAGUUUACUUUUAUCACCUGUGUACCAGAGCUGUUGCAGGAUGUGUGGAAGCUGGGAAGCACUGAGCCUACAUGGACGUCUGCUAUGUCCUGCAUUUUGCUGUCUCUCAAGUGAGAGUUACUCAGUCUCUGUAGAUGGGGAGGAACAUUGAAAUCAGUUUAUGUUUCCCCUAGAUUAGAUUUUGGAGUCAAAAAGUAUUAUUGCAUUUUAUUAUAUUUAUAUGUACAGCGCUAGAAAAAUUAUAGAGAGCACAGCAACAUUAUCAGUUUAUCUGGUUUUACUAUUUAUAUUUAUGUGUUUGAGAAGAAAU